AUGGGAAUUUAUUAAAGUAAACAUAAAUUUUAAUUAUAUUUUUAGCUAAAUUAUAUACAUAUGAAGGAGAGUGGGUUGAAGAUUUAAAGGAUGGAUUUGGAGUUAUUACAUUAUUAGAUAAUAAUUGUAAAUACUAAGGAUAAUUUUAAAAAGAUGAGUUUUUAUUAAAUUAAGAUAUUAUUAUCAAAUUUCCAGAUGAUAGCAUAUAUAAAGGUAAAUAUGAUAAUUAUUAUAUAGGAUAGAUUCAAAAUUAUAAACCUCAUGGAAAAGGAUAUUUAUAAUUUAUUGAUGGAAAAAUUUAAGAUGGAAAUUUCAAAGAUGGAAAUUUUAUCAAUCAGGAACAAGCUGAAGAAUAAAACUAAAAUGAAUAAGUUUCUUAUCAUUAAGAAAAUUAAAAUAUAAAAAAUACCAUUUAAAUAGAUUCAUCAGAUUAAUAAGCUAUUUAACUAAAUUAAACUAUUGACUAAUAGAAAAAUUUAUUAUAAUAACUAGAUGAUAGUUCCAAUCAAUCAACAUGA